AUGGCUGAAGCUAUGGACGUGUUCAAUGAUUUACAUAUGUUCAUCAUUUCUCAAACACUCAUAACAGCUGCUAAGCUGAAUAUGUUUGACCACAUGAGCGGUAGAACGAUGACAUCUGGCGACCUCGCUGAUAUUACCGGUGGUGACGCGAAAGUAACAGAGGAGAUGCUCGAUGCUUUAGUAGCUAUGGGUUAUGUGAAAAAAGAAGACCAAUCGUACACAAAUACCGUCAAGGCUAACAAGUACAUGGUGAAGUCAAGUCCGACAAGUUUGGUAACCAUGGCGCAUUCCCGUGAUAAGAGCUACUAUCUGUUUUCGGACAUGGCAGAUGCCGUUAAAGAAGGGAGGCUUCUGAAAAAGGAUACUGGUGAUAGAUUUAAAGAGAUAGCCGAAGACCACAAAAAGCGAACCGCAUUUCUAAAAAGUAUGGAUUCUAUGAUUCAAAACUUCCGUUCACCAGUUUUGAUGAAUUCUUUUGACUUCAGUAGUUACUCCAGCGCCUGCGAUCUUGGUGGUGGGAAUGGAGGAUUGAGCUACAGCUUGUCUGAAAAAUAUCCAGAGAUGGAAAUAACAAUUCUAGAUUUGCCUGCUGUGGUUGCCGCUGCUGAGAAGCUUGCCAAACCUACUGGUGGUGUAACGAGUAAUGUAGCAUUUCGAGCAGGAGACAUGUUGACUGAUGAACUGCCUAAAGUUGAUAUGAUUCUUCUUGCUAGUAUCAUUCACGACUGGUCAUUGGAUAAAGUUAAUCUUAUUCUUAGUCGUACAUAUGCAGCUCUCAAUCCUGGUGGUGCGGUCGUGAUCGUGGAAACUCUUUAUGAAGACCAGAAGGAAAGAUCUUCAAUUACAGCACAUCUUUUUUCAUUGCACAUGUCCAUGCUAGGGGGUGGUAAGCAAUGGUCUGCCUUCGAAUUGAGAUCACUCUUACAAGAGCAUGGCUUCACUGACGUCAAAGUAAAGAAGUCUGAUUUUGUGUAUGGGGUUGUCAUCGCAACAAAACCGACUUAG